UAGAGAGGUGAUUAAGGGAAGCCUAAUGUAGGUACAUGACUCUUGAUGAAGAGAAGGAGAACCGCCAAUUCUACUACUUCGCAAAAUCUGAGAACAACUCUGAAGAAGAUCUGUUGCUCCUCUGGCUCACUGGAUGUCCCGAAUGCUCUGCCUUCAGCAGUCUUGUCUUCAAAAUAGGUCCCCUGCGAUUUGAGGUGGCAGAGUACGAUGGGACACUGCCAAGUCUUCGAACCAGCCUUUACUCGUGGACCCAGGUUGCCAACAUCAUAUUUCUUGAUUCAACAACUGGAACUGGAUUUUCAUACCCCAAUGCCCCUCAAGAUUAUAAAUCAUUGACGUCAAGACUGUCAAGGACAUCUAUAAGUUUUUUUUUCUCAUGUAUAAAACAGUGGUUCAUUAAAUAUCCAGAAUUCUUGUCAAACCCACUUUACAUUGCAGGGGAUUCCUAUUCAGAAAUAACAGUCCCAGUCUUAACUUAUGAAAUAGCCAAUGGCAUUGACGCUGGCUAUAAACCAGUUUUCAAUCUCAAGGGUUACUUGUUGGGCAAUCCAGUCACACAAAAGGAGUAUGACACUGUGCAGGUUCCAGCCGCACACAGGAUGGGGCUGGUAUCAGAUGAAUUGUAUGAGAUACAUUCAUCGAGUUUCAAGUGUGAGUGGCAACUCAAAAGCGUCAUGCUUGUGGAGCUCAUGUUAUGGAUCAGGAGUUGUAGUAAGGGGACAGUUUGUGAAGGGUGCCAAUGUGGAAAGGCCCGUCAUCUUCGAUUUUUGCAUUCAUCAGGCCAAAGCACUAAAUUGUUGGACUUGAUUACAUCCGCGACUAAAGAAAGUUGCCAAGGGUUGUCUGCAGAUCCAACAAAUGAAGAAUGUGUUUUGAACAUCCAAGCUGUGCUCAAUCUUACUUCAAGAAUUAAUCUGGUCCAAAUUUUGGAGCCGUACGUAUCUGAGUCAUAUAUAAGACUCAGAGCUAUGUGGCAACAGGAUGAGCAUUCAUCCUAUACUACUCUCCUGCUCACUUCUCCUUUAUUCGUCAGGGAGUAUGGCUAUUUCCUAUCCUACUAUUGGGCAAAUAAUGAGACGGUUAGAGAUGCUCUCCAUGUCAAGAUGGGAACAACAAAAGAAUGGAAGAGGUGCAACAGAAAAUUGAACUUUCAAAGGGAUGUCGCUAGUUCGAUUCCUUAUCACCUUAAUCUUACUGCAAGGGGCUAUUUCGCUCUAAUUUACAGGUUAUCUGUGUACCACUUUUUUUUUGUUAUACUGCAAACUUAGAAGUCCAUCUUUUACUUCAACCAAAAAAAAAAAAACAAACAAACAAACUUAGAAGUUGAAGCAAACAAACAUCAAAAAGGGGGACUGGAUACUGCUCUUAUCAAAUAAAAGUCGUAUAUGAAAGCAUAGGCAAAUUCCAUAACUAUUGUUGUUGGCAUGGGGGGCGGAAAUGUGGGAUCAUGAUAGACUGGAAGCUCUUGUUGUUUGGGAUUGUUGUCUAUACACCUUGAAGUUUAGGGGCUCGAUCCUAACAUUUUGUGGAGAUGGAUCCGAACUUUUUGAGAUUGUAUGGUAUAUUAUAAAGGUCAUGAAUA